AUGGCAGAACCCACUCUGUAUAUACCAGGCCCAACUCAGGGUAUACAAGCGCCCACCCAGGGUAUACCAGCGCUCACUCAGGGUAUACCAGCCUCCACCCACAGUGGAAUACACCAUGCCCCCUAUACACCUCAACAACUUUCUAGUAUUCCCCACCAACCUUAUGUCAUACCCCAUAACGCUCAAAUUAUACCAGCGCCCACACCAAUUAUGCAAGAUCCCCAUGAUCUACCCCACCAACGCGUCCACGGUCCCACCUCAAACUACAGCCAGACCGACCCCCAAAGGUUCAACAGAGGAGAAUACACCAUUACCUCUUACCCUAGAAUUGAUGCCCAGCACCA